AUGAUUCUUGCUACUGGUCUAAAACCCGAGGCGGUGCUGGUUGGGUUGUUGGGCUGGAUCGUGCCGUACUUAUUUUUGGCCAACUACCUCGAGCGCUCGUUAUUCCCAUUUCGAGCCUAUUGCUACACCCAAUCAGACUUAUUAUCGGAGAAGCACCAUUUGGAAAGCCUCGAACACUGCGUCGAUCGAUACCACUAUCCCAGGAAAGCAGAUCCAAGUUGUCGCCUAAACGUCGCCCCAGGUACCGUAAUCGAACCAAAGAUUGCCGGGAAGCCUAAGAGGCUCGCCGUAGUCCGCUCGGCCCCUAACGCCCCAGACUACCGUAAUUUCAUCCGGACCACCUGGAAAAAGGACUUUGUCGGAAUCCCCGUCGUUUUCUUGGUCGGACUACGCGAUGGGACGGACUUGCGCGCAGAAGCCGGGGAGUACCAAGACAUUUUGCAGUUCAAGUUCACCGACGGGUACUUUGUGCUCGGUUAUAAGAUGACAUCUACCUAUGAAUAUUUUCUACGGUUACUACCCGAUUUGGAGGAGAUUAUCGUGUUGAAUGAUGAUACCAUUGUUAAUGUGGAGGCACUUGAAAAGGUGGGUAAAUAUCAUCGUUUUUGUAUCAUUCGUCCAGAUUUCGGUUUCAUG